UAAGAGAAAAGUCUCUACACGUGCACUGUAUAAUAUGUAACAAUGUUUUCAGUGUGUUUGCAGCGAUACCGAGGCAGCGCUAAACAAUACUUUAAACAGCAACUUUCGCCGGUGGAAAACGUUAACGUAAGCAGAGAGGACCUUCGGCGCGUGCUUAUGUAACGAGAUAUCACAGUCGUGCACGAUACACGGGGUACUCUUCGGGAUAUUAUACAGGCGCGUGCAAUUCUUCUCGAGCGCUCGGACGUUAAUUUGUCGGCGAUUGGGUUUCAGGUCUUUUAAUCGCCGUCGAUUAUCGCGACGGUGACUCCUGUAACUCCCAAGGUCCAGUCGUCCGAUGUCUCGUACCACGAGCGAAAUUAAGUAGCGGGCGAGGAAUGUCAGUCAGUGCCACGAAGACUGUGAAUGUUACGAGGUUGCAAAUUGAUUUGCAGAAAGACACGAUUUACCUGGGUAGAUAAACGGCCUGAAAACUCCGUCGAGUCUCGCGAAGACGGCAGGCGCUUGCGAUCGCCGAGCUCGCGGACCCCAAAGACCUGGAAGACGAGGAAGCGCCUGGAGCGCGGCGGAGGCCAAGACCAAGUCCGGUGUUUACGGGAUCAAAGAGUGUGUGCACGUGUGCGGAGAGACGGGAGGGAGGGAAGAGAAGAGCUAAUGGCUAACGGUAGAUGCACUAUUGCGAGUGACGACGGCGGCGGCCUUCCGCUUUCCCAGGCACUCCCAUGCAAGGGAGGCCCCACGUGCAACUCGGCGUUCGUUGCGCCGAGUCGUAAACAAGAUUUGCGCCCGCGGAUCGCGACCGCCAGCUUGGAGAGUCCACCGGCGGCCCGUGCGAGAUCGAUUCCCGAAUCUCUCGACGAGAUAAUUACCGCGUGGUUCGCGUGCGAGCGGCAGGUGCCCGGGCCCGACGGCUCUUUGGGGCUCGCGUUCGUUAAUUAGCAACGAAAUAGUACGGGAGGUUCCGCAGUCAAGCGUGAUUGCGUUUUACGAUUACCGCUGCGCAUAGAAUUAUCCUGUAUGAUUGGCAGACGCCUAGGGAACAUCGCCCGUGUCUCUCGUCCGCGGCACGAUUAAAAAUUUCAAAUUUGCAUCUCUCCUCGAGAGAAACGUCCACCUGUCCGGACGUUUGUUUGUCGAGCCUGGACGAGCGGAAAAAUGGGCGAGAAAUAUAGGCUGCUUUCCUUUUACACAAAUCGACACGAGUUCGCGCUAAGAAUAGGGUCGUCAGACACGUUUGAUUUAUAAAGACUUGAGCAAGAAACACGUUUGAUUUGUCAAACACAAUUGGAAAAGCGUUUGAAUUUCAAACACUUAUACAUAAAAGUGAUUGAUUUUCAAACACACUUAUAUCCAAUAUUGCAGAAUCUUAUAAUAUUGUGUUGCUACAACCAAGCACCAGUCAAAUUAAACAGGCAAGUAGAAAAUUGCUUGACGACCCAUGGCUGGCAAGUUCUAAUUAAAGAAGUUCAUUGCGACAAAUAUUACCUCAGCCAGGGUUUGAACCUGGACCUUCCUACACUCUAGGCGGUCGUCUCACCAAUUCCGAGGCAUGUGCCUCAGUGGUGGAAUUGCCAGCCCAUGGGUGGUCAUGCAAUUUUCUACAUUGGUUAAUCAAUUACUGGCGUUAAAUAAUUCUUUACGUUAUUUCAGAAAAUCAAACACAUUUACGCGUGUGACAUAUCAAACACUUAUUAUUUAGAGUGUUAACACACCCGAGGACAGUUUUGCCGCUGCGAAGUGGCGAAGGUUUAAAGAACAGGGAUUUAAGAAAAGGUCUUGUCGAAAAAAAGAUUCUAUCGAGAUACUCGGAGCGGACGCGUCCCUCGGACAAAAACACGCUCCGACUCCCCUCCCGAGCAGAGACGAAAAGUGUCGAUCGAUCUUGAAUUAAAUUUCUAAAUGGACAUGUGUCGAUUUGUGUCAAAAAUAUCGACUGCGUUAACACUCUAAAAGGAAUGCAGCUUUAACGUGCGCGUAAAUACAGCGAAUAAGUCGCGUGUAAAGAGGUGUACUUUGUAAAAAUGUACGAGCCGAAUGAGGCGUCUGGCGAUUGAUCUCGGGCGGAAUUUGCCUCGAUGGAAUUUACUUGAAGACUGCAAGUGGCUGAAAUAUUUAUGCUGUCAACUUCUCCGCGCGAACGAUCCAAGACGCGCGGCUACGGCUCCGCGGAGAACCUCAGGGGCGACGAUCGAAGUUAAAUUAAAGGAUUCGCGAGCGACGGAUAUUAUCGACGCGCAGUAUGCCUAGGGGUCGGGUUAUACGCGUUGCACUUAUGCCUCGUGUCCGCCGCGUAUUGUAGCUGCUCGCGGCACACGCGCGCGCUUUCCCCUCUGUAGCGGCCAGAAUUUUAACGGCGACCGCGACUGCUUAAUUAUACUGCUCGGCGAGGGCUUAUCUUGCGAUCGACUUACGAAUACCCCUGUCGCGAAGGUAUUCGUGCGCUGACGAAUUUUAUUUUGACUUUAACGCGUCCUGUAACUUUGCUACGAUAUUAUAUACAGGAAAGUCACCUAUUAUGAGACAGAAUCCUAAUACGGGACAGCGGGAUUUCUGUUAAAUUAAUAGACAUCAGUUGAUUCCACCAAGAAAAAAGAUUUGCGAUUGAAUUUGGGCGUUGCAAACCUGCUGUCUCAUAACAGAGGGCUUUCCUCUGCACCUUCAAUAAAAGAGGAAAGGAUACAACAAGCCUGUCUCCGCGCGAUAAUAUCGCGCUCCAAUACUUAACGCAUCGCCCGCGUUCCAAUGUUCACUUCGCCGCGCGAAUCGAAUCGCAUUUUUCUUCCGCGUAAAAAUGGUGCAUGGGCGACGCGGAGAUCAUCGUUGCGUGUUCUCGCUGGCGAGACGAGCACAGAGGGAUCGGCUCGCGCGAAUCGGGAGGCUCUCGAGCCGGGAGGAAAAGUAUCAAUGCAAAAAAUAAAAAGGAAGGAAAAUGCCGUUGAAGAUCGACACGUUUCAUUUGCUCGCCAAGCAAUCGAACAAACGACGCGACGAUUGUUUAUCGCUCCCCCCCCCCCCCCUCUUCCCGUCUCUCGCUUCCUCCCAACAAUCUUCUCGCGCGCCGGAUCAAAGAGAAACAAUAUUUUCGUUCGCCACGCACGUCGGGCGUGAAACGCCCCGGCCGAUACACGGACGCGCAUUCACGCCGCUUUUAAAUGCCUUUUCUCGUUCCGCGCGUCGCGAGAUGCACCAGGGGGGGAGACAGAUAAGCGCCCGCCGCUCGUCGCCGUCGCGUAUACGUCACGUUGCGGCACACGAGGGAUCCAGGAUACCUCGAGCGCACGGGGGGAGCGUCAGAGAGGCGAGAAAAACGAGCCCUCGCCAUUUCUGGCGCAUCGUUGACCCUCGACGCGAGAAAAGAAGCCCGUUCCAGGGGGGGGACUCGCGGGAUUUAAACGCGCGCGGCGGCACGCGGCCUUAUCGCGUCUCGAAUUUUCUAAUAACGCUCCUCCUUCUCUUGCUCCCCGACGGAUCUUCGCGGAAGAUCGCCCCGGCCUGCGAUACAAUCCGGUGACUAAACGCCGCGGCGGCGGCUCUCCGCUCUCCGCCAUUAAGUAUCUCGGGCCUCGUGUCGAGUCGUGCU